AUGGGCAACCAGCUUUUCCUCGUUGCAAAUCUGUUAGCCACAGCGCACCGAACCGGCAUCCCGGCCUACCUGGAGGCGACGCCGUUCAGCAGCAGCGCCGAGGGCCCACGCCCCACCUACUGGGCCACACUUUUUCGCGACCUCGGCCAUCACGGCGUGCAGAUGUGUGCGUCCUCGCCGCCGCUGCCUGUCGUGACGGUGCCAGAGACGCGACCAGUGCGGAAGGUGCAACUCGAUGCGCAGCGGGCCUGUGUCUUCAACAUGAUCGGCUUCUUCCAAAGCCACGCCUUCUUCGACGACCACCCGAUCAUCUCCUCUGUCAUUCCACGGGAGCUGUGGGACUCGGCCCGCGAGCACCUCGCCACGUACUACGGCAGCGGAUCGUGCCACACCGUCGCCCUGCACGUGCGGCGCGGCGACUACACACGCUUUACCGACAUCUUCGAGCAGCUCGACGUCGUCGAGUACUACGAUGCGGCAGUGCGGCAGCUGCUUGGUGGCCUGCUCUUGCACUCACCUUCGCUGCUGCGGCGGCAACGGCCAGCGGUAGACUCGGCCCAAGCGCCGACUGUUGGCAUACUGCCGCUGCUGCCGUUUCACUUGCUUGUCUUCUGCGACGAGGAGCGUUUUGGGCACACCGUUGUGGGGUACUUUCGCACCAAGUACAAGGGUGCCGUGAUGGUCAGCCUCGUCUGCGCCGCGACGGAGGCAAGCGCGAUAUCGGCGAGGCCAACGGCGUCGUCGCCGUCGAUGCCGCGUGAUGUACUGGAGUUGCUGAUGAUGUCGCAGUGCAACGACAUCGUGAUGGCGAACUCCACCUUCUCGUGGUGGGGCGCUUACCUGAACCGCGUCUCACUGCGCCGCGUCAUCGCACCGUCCCGGUGGUUCGUGAAGGAUCCGUACCCGCGGUCAAAUCACCUCUACUGCCCUGGGUGGAUACUCCUCUGA